AUGGAUAUUGAAGAAUUUCGUAAAAGAGGAUAUGAGACAGUUGAUAGAAUUUGCAAAUAUUAUCAGGAAAUUGAUAACUACGAUGUUAUAUCAAAAGUUGAACCUGGUUAUCUCGAGAAGCUUCUUCCGGAUGAAGCACCCGAAGAUCCAGAAUCAUGGGACGAAAUUCAAUCUGAUAUAGAAACAAAAAUUUUUCCUGGUGUUACGCAUUGGCAAAGUCCAAAUUUUUUUGCAUUUUAUCCGGCAACAUCGUCGUUUCCAGCAAUUCUUGGUGAUAUGUACAGCGACAUGUUUAAUUGUAUUGGAUUCAAUUGGAUAUGUUCACCAGCUUGUACAGAAUUGGAAACCAUUGUACUUGAUUGGAUGGCUAAAUUAAUUAAUUUAGACUCUAGUUUUCUUAGUAAAGGGAAAGGUGGUGGUGUAAUUCAAGGGACUGCCAGUGAAGGAAUCUUGGUUGCAUUGAUAGCAGCAAGGCAAAGAGUACUAGAUGAAUACAAAAAGAAGGGUCUUAAUGAAAAAGAAUUGGACGAAGUUUCCACACGGCUGAUUGCGUACGCUUCAGAUCAAGCACAUUCCAUGGUAAAGAAAGCUACAAUGAUUGCAAAUACUAAAUUUUCAUUAUUCCCAACUGAUGAAAAUUAUUCAUUACGCGGCGAAACGGUUAAAAAAGUAAUCGAAAAAGAUAUCGCUAAAGGAUUGAUUCCAUUUUUUAUUAACGCAACAAUUGGUACAACAAGCACAGCCGCCGUCGAUCAUAUUGAUGAAAUUGCUGAAGCUAUUGAAGGUACAAACAUAUGGUUAAAUGUAGACGCAGCAUAUGCUGGUGCGGCCCUUGUUUGCCCUGAGUAUCAACAUCAGUCAAAAGGAUUAGAAAAGGCUGAUUCAUUCGGAUUUAACAUGCAUAAAUGGUUAUUGACCACUUUUGAUUGCUCAUGUUUUUGGAUUAAAGAUCGAUCAUUUCUUUUAAAUGCAUUAUCGAUUACGCCGCCAUUUUUAAGAAAUGCUGCAAGCGAAAUCGGAAGGAGAUUUCGAUCAUUAAAAAUUUGGUUUGUUGUAAGAAAUUAUGGAGCAAGCGGAUUAAGAAAACAUAUUCGAGAGUCAAUAAAACUGUCAGAUCACUUUUAUAAUGAGAUUUUACGAUAUCCCGAAUUAUUUAAAAUUGCUGCACCUUAUUCUUUUUCUCUCGUUUGUUUUUAUGUAAUUCCCCCGGCUGAUAAUGAAAAUCAAUUCACGUCUAACGAAUUAACUGAAGCAGUAUUAAACAAAUUAAACGACACCAAACAAAUUUUUAUUACCCAUACACAAUUGGGUGAUCAAAUGGUAAUUAGAUUUUCAGUUGGUGGUAGUUGGACAAAAAAAGAACAUGUUGAUAAAGCUUUGAAUUUAAUCAUAAAGUUUACCAAAGAAUCAAUAGGAAUUGAAUGA